AUGACUCGGCGAGAAACGGCAAAAACGAAGAGAUACGCGCAAAAGCACCAGACAGGCAGACGAACACAAAUGCACAAAAGCACAAAUGCACAAAUGCACGACCGCACAAGGUACCAAGGAACCGGAGCUUUGCUUGUGCUCCGUUACCUCGUCCUCGAGGACGCGGAAAAUACGAUAGAGAGUGCUUCUACCCCGUUCAAGAAAAUGGACGAGAAAAGGUGGAAAUGGCGGGCGGACAAGUGCGGCAGGCGGUCCAAACCUGGUCCCUGGUCCGACGUUCCCUGUAGAUCAGCACAGAAACAGAGGAGCUGGGAUGUGAGCACCGACUGGCUGGCUGAAAACCGUUCCAAGUGGUGGUGUCGGGGCAGUGGUUGUAGUUGGUUCGCGUGGAGGACCAGAGAAAAGAAAGAAAAGAACGAAUGA